AUGAGCAAACGACAUCUAAGACACAAAAAACUCGAAUUAAUAAAGAUUGCAGUACCCUGCAAAAUUUUCAGACGUAGAGACGCACUACGUGUUUCGUUUGAUAAGCCAGAGAUAGGACAAGAGAAAGAACGCACGGAAGACGUUACGCUUUCAGAUCUCUGGGAGUUAAAGUUGAUAUAUAUUUUUGAAGCCCUUAUAUACUUAAAAAUGUUUGGUGUUGUGUAG